AUGGCCCUGGGGUUGCUGCUCCAUCUCGCCUUCCUGGGGCUCAGCAUCGCUCAGCCCUUGGUCCAGGGGUACAGCCUCCAUGCGCCCACAGCCAGUGGGUGGAGGGGCGAGGGCCAAUCUUUGGGAUUUGGGUUCCCAGGGUACCCCGGUGAGCAUUACCACCUCCCAGCCUGGCCACCCCUCUUUGGCCCUGACUCGCCAGAGAAGACUCAGAAAUCCUUCCAGAUCCCGAGCAACGGGAGCGCGCCGCUGCUGGUGGUCGUGCAGGUGUUCGUGUCCAACGUGUUCAAUGUGGACAUCCUACGGUACACACUGUCCUCCAUGCUGCUGCUACGGCUGUCCUGGCUGGACGCUCGCCUGGCCUGGAACGUGAGUGCAGACCCGCAGCGCGCGGUCACGCUGCCCUGGGACUCACUCUGGACUCCAGGACUCAUCAUCCAGGAGUCACUCUGGGUGGACUGGCGGGAUGACAGCCCCAGGGCACGAGUGGACCCAGACGGCAACGUGGAGCUCUACCUGGCCCUGACCACAGAGACCAACUGCGACUUCGAGCUCCUCCGAUUCCCCUGGGAUGAGAGCAACUGCACCCUCAGCUUCUACGCAAUGAGCAACACUGUGACAGAGUUAGAGUUCCAGGCCCAUGCAGUCAAUGAGAUCUUCAGUGUCAAGAGGGAAUACGUAGUUCAGGAUUUGAAAACCCAAGUCUCACCCCGGCAGCUGGUACCCAACUUCCAGGUGAUGCUGAGACUGCAGAACACAUCGCUGAAGACCACCAUUGCUCUGCUGGUCCCUGGGGAGGCUCUGCUGUUGGCUGACCUGUGCGGGGGGCUGCUGCCCCUCCAGGCCGCCGAGCGCCUGGGCUACAAGGUGACCCUGUUGCUGGGCUACCUUGUCUUCCACUCAUCCCUGGUGCAGGCACUGCCCAGCUCUUCCUCCUGCAACCCACUGCUCAUUUACUACUUCACCGUCCUGCUGCUGAUGCUCUUCCUCAGCACCACAGAAACUGCGCUGCUGGCCGGCCUGCAGGCCCGGAGCAGCCAGGGGGCCAAGGUCAGCCCCAGCCCCACCAUAAGAGGGGAGCCGCAAGAUGACAGGAAUCCAGGGCCUGGUCCUCCAGGAGCCCCCGGAGGAGGAAAGCGGCCAGGGAGGGGCUGGGCUGAAGCUGCCGACCGCAUCUUUUUCUGGGUGUAUGUGGCCGGGGUGGUGUGUAGCCAAGUCAUCUUCGCUGGCGUCUGGAUGUGGGUGGUGUGCAAGUCAGACCCUGCCCCUGGCAUGGAUAUGCCCCACGGUGGGCAGCCCAAGCCGUAUUGGGGCAGCGAACACGGGCACCCAAGUGCCAGGCUGCAGACCUGAAGAUGGGGAUGGUUUCCUGGGCUGGGGGAGGGCCUGAGAGUGUCUCUGGAGAGAAGGGAGGGGCUGGCUGUCUUCCCUACCCCAUGCCCCGAGGUCUCCUGUCAGCAUGCCAGCAGUGGGAAAUAAACCUACUUCCCAAGUGCCAGCGCACCCGAGGCUCUGUCUUUACUGAACUCAGCUCUUCACUCUUGUCCUAAGCAGGAGGGGCCCCGCCUCGCCCGACCCCCACUCCGCCCUGAACUUCCCACCCCUGUCUGCCAGUGGCCCAGCCCCCACCCAGGUGGCUUAAUCGUUCCUUCUGCCACCACUGCUGCUUGGCCCUGGGCCAGGAGGCACUGAUGGCUGCG